UGCCCCGUGUUUUUUUUCUUUUACUUUUGUCACAAAUGAACAACUUGCGCCGUGAGAAUAAAAACACAAAACCUAUUAAAAUAAAAAAGCUAAAAAAACAACAACAAAAUUCACGCAAUUGGGAGAAUCUUAAGAAAGAACAAAUUAUUAUUAAACGCUGCCGAUAUUGAAAGAAAUUGUUGUGUGAAUUUUUAGUGUUUGUCUAGUAGUUCGUUGGUACAAAUCAUCGACUCUCGUCCGUGUCUCGUGUUGUCUGGUGUCGAUAAAUCGAACGUCAAAACGUGUGUGUUUGUUGUUUUUUGUGUUAUUUAUUUUUGUUGUUGUUAUUGAUGUAUGUUUAAGCAAAAUUAAUAAAAAAAAUAUAUAAAGUGAUUAUUAUUGUUGUUGUGAUUUUUGUAAGAUUUACGGUAUUAUCUAAAAAAAAAAACACAACAACAAUUAUAAAAAAAUAAAAUAAAAUAAAGCGGCCGACGACACUUGUUUCGCAGUCUUCAAUUAUUGGAAUUAUUGCCGCAUACGCUGAAUACACACAUACACACACCCGCACAUGGGUGAAAUAAAAAGAAAAUUUAUUUAAUUUUUGAAGAUUAAAUUAUAGAAAAAUUGGAAAAAUGUGUUGCAAAGAUAUAAAAGAAAUUUAAGAAAAAAUUUUAUUACUAAAAAAAAGAAAUUUAGCUAAACGCUGCAAAAGAGCAAAAAGUUAAUUUAUCUCCUCUCUUUCUGCUCCCCUUCAGCAAAAAAAAAGAAAAACAAGAAAACAAAAAAUUAAGUGCGUGAAUUGUUUUUGCUUUUAUUUGCGCCCAGAGUCUAAAAUCCAACAAAAAUUUAUUUAUAAAAUUAAUAAUAAAAAUUGUGUUGCAAAAAAAUAAAAGAUGAAUCAACAGAGUGUUUAACAGCAAACAUCACAUCACUUAAAAUUAUUAGCAUUAUUAAACUAACACUUGACGUCGACGUUAUACUCUGCAGUAGCAGCAGCAGUAGCAGUUAACCGCAAAACCAGUAACAAACAAAAACAACAGUUAAUAAACAAAAACCCAAAAAACAAAGCUACCAAAAGGCAACAAACAAUUUACUUACUACAAUGGCAGCGGGCGUAUGUGCAACCACAAGUAUCCGCAUGUUAAUGCGGCAUUCAAGGGAUUUUACACUUUACACGCGUCGCAGCCCUGGUCUACGCAUUCUGCCAACAGUAACAACAACUAUAAAUGUGAAUUCAUGGAGCUUUGGAGGACGACAAAGUUACUGCACAAAUAAAACUGAAGACUUAAACUCAGGCAACACUACUGAUUCAACUACCACCAACACAUCUAGUCAUACAAUUAAAAAGGCUCCCACUUCAACUAUCGAGCCCUCCUCUACUGCUCAAGUUAGCAAAAUUAAAAACAACAUUGUUGACAACAACAAUGUGAAACUUGCAAAAACUGAAAACAUUUCCUUAAAUAAUGCAAUUAAUUUUAAAGAAUUGAAUUUAAUACAAAUGAAGUUGACAGAAUUGAAAUUAUUAUGUCGCGGUUGUGGCCUAAAGGCCAGUGGUAAAAAAUCCGUAUUAAUUAAACGUUUGCAGGAUUAUAUUGAGCAACAACAGCAAAAAUUGCUACAAAAUCAACACAAUUUGACCACAAGAAGCAGCAGAACAUCAACAACCAACGACACAUUGUCUACACCACCCACCACUGUUAACCCGAAUCUGAUUGCAACUGCUGUAUUGCAAGAAAAUGCCCGUCAAACUGAUUAUUAUUCUUCCCUCCACUCCGAUUCUAUAGGAAUUGUUAAUAAUGUUGAUACGAGUAAUAAUCAUGUUGGAGAUGUAUCCGUGGAAUAUAUACACGGUUUGCCCCAUCUUACCAUACCGCUUCCUAGUAGAAAUGAAAAAUGUCGUUUUGCUUUGAAACCUGUCUCACACAGAGUGGGCGAUUUGAUUGAAAUGUUAAAAACAGAAGAUCGAGGCAUUGAUCGUGCGACUAUUCUGAAUAAUAGUGGCGUUAGAAUAGCAUCAACUUGUAAUAUAGAAAGUUUAAUGGAUGAACCUUUUUGGAUACACAUCAAUGAUCAAAAAUAUAAAGUAGUUCCUCCACAGCGAGAAAAAAUUAAGAUUGAAGAUCUUAGUAAAAUAGGUGACAUUAAAGCAUUAGUAGCCCAGUUAUACGAAGCCUUACAUGUUGGCGAAUAUCACAUAGAAAAGGAGCAAGAAUUGACAACUAAAUUAGAAGAUUUAAAAUAUAAAAUAGCACCUUUAGAAAGGGAAAAAACGGAAUUAAGCGCACAAGCCGAUCGUAAAACGAACAUAAUGACCUGGGUUGGUUUAGGUUUGAUGUCUGUACAAUUUGGCAUCUUAGCAAGACUGACAUGGUGGGAAUAUUCUUGGGAUAUUAUGGAACCAGUUACAUACUUUGUUACCUAUGGCACAGCAAUGGCCAUGUAUGCCUAUUACUGCAUAACAAAAACUGAAUACAAUAUGCCCGAAGUUAAAGACCGCCAUUACCUCAUUACCCUGUAUAAACGUGCCAAAAAGAAGAAUUUCGAUGUUGAAAGCUACAAUCAAUUGAAACGUCAAAUUGCUGAAAUUGAAUAUGAUUUACGUCGUUUGCGUGAUCCUUUAAAUUUGCAACUGCCACCACAUGUUGAUCGUUCACAACAAAAUCCACCCUACGAUGCUGUUCCACCGUCUAGUGCAUUAACUAAUGAAAUCUCACCAAAUACGGUUAAAAAAUCGGGAUUUAAAAUUCCCUUUCUAGAUUCGAAAAAUUAAAAAUAAAAUAUGAAAACGUCCCUUAAUAUCUCAUCAUGUGCUAACUAUUACUAAAGGUGUAAAAAAAUCAAAUAAGAAAUAAUACAAGGAAAGAUAAAAAGGUUUAAUGGGUCUUGAAGGACUUUCUAUUACAACUUUUGUUUGUUUUAAAGUUAAUUUAGUUUUUUUUUGUCUCGUUUGUUUGUUCUUAUAUUUAAAAAUUCAUUUUAUCUCACUUGAAAAUGCUGUGUUAGUCUUAUAACAAGAAUGAACAAAAAACAUCACUUAAAAUUUGUACUAAAAGUACAUAAUUAUUUUAAUUUAGAAAAUAUGAGAAUUGUUUACUUAUGCCUAAUAAUAAUUUACAAUUUCAUUGACAAAAAGUUUUGAAAAUAAAGUUUAUAUAAUCAUGUUGGAAAAACAAUAAUCGAAAAAUAUGAAAACUAAUAUUAUAGUUAUGUACAUAACUAGGACAUCAAAAAAGUAUCAAAUUAAAAAACAUUGUAUUGUUUUCAAUUACUAGACCCAACCACUCACAAGUUUUUGUAAUUGUGAAGAACUGUUUUUUUUUUUUUCAUAUUCCUCAAAUAUCGAAUACAAUUCAUUAGUUUUCAUUAAAUACAGUUUUGUUUCCAAAGUUUGUAUUUCUCCCCCAUUAUGAACUUUUUUAUUAUUUACUGUUUCUGUUUGUUUAAUUAAAUUGUAAUUAAAUUUAAAAAUAUUGACAAUAUAUUUGCAAAAUAAUAUAAAUGUAUAUUAUAUUAAAAAAAAAAGAAAUUAUAAAAAUACACUAAAACUUAUUUUAUUUCUUUUUUAGUUAAUUAUGUUUUCAUACUUAAAUUAUUUUUAUUAAACAAUAAUUGUGUGUUUUAUGUACUUCAUAUAUUUAUUUUAUGCAUUUAAUUUAAUUCGAUUUGAUAAACUAAUCAAAUUCAUUAAAACAUAUUUUCUUAUACUUUUAAUAUAAUUGAGUUUAAAGUUUGAUUUUAAUUAAUAAUAAAUAUUUCAAUUUUUAU